UGGCAGUUUGCAAAUGGGAAGUAGAAUCUCAAAAUCAAAAUGUAUACUUUAUUCAAGAAAAAAUAAGAUCCAAAAGACUAAUUAGAAAGGAAAAAACAGAAGAGAAAAAUCAAGGGGAUGAAGAACAAACCCCAACUGCAAUGAUUAAAAACAUAUAUGCAUGAGGAAGAGAAAAAUUGUGGGAGACAAACUAAAAGAAACAGAGCAGACAUGGGAAUUGGGUAAUGGGUAGUGUGAUGACGAAAAAAUUGAAUGAAUCUGAAUGGUUUAUAGGUUUGAAUUUGUUGGAAUUGAAAAAAGGAAUGAGAAUAUCGAAUAGGUAUAAUGUGUGUAGGAGUAAUUAAGAAGAAAGAUUUUUAUGGAAUUUGGAAAAAAAGGAAAAAAGGAAAAAAGGAAAAAAGAAAACCGAAAGGACAGAGGUAUUGGAAGUAGUGUAUUAUUACUUUGGGCGGCUGGUGGAUUAGUGAAAAUUAAGCAUGCAAUUUUUUUAUUUUUUUUUAUCAGAAGAAAGAAGUGGAAGAUAAUUAGGCGGGAUUAUGGUGCAGUUUUGAGUAUUUUGUUUUAAUAUAUAAAGGAUAAGUGAUCAAAUUGAGACUACCAACAACAGUUUCAGCUAACAACGCCUACGCAUGCGAGAGCUUGUCGGUGGCCGUAUGAACCAUACACUCCUCCUCUCCGUUCUAUGUCAUUCUAUAAAAUGCCUCGCAACAUUUCCGAAUUACAAGCAUUGGUUUCUUCAUUCCACAAAUCAAAAAACCCAAUUCUUGCUUUGGAACUUCUCUCCAAAGCACUAGACCAAAACCCAGAUAUCAAAACCUUGAAAAAUUUCCAUACCAAGAUUUUUUACCUCAAUUCACAUCAAAAUCCAUCUCUAGGGAUCAAACUCAUGAGGGCAUAUGCUGCUUGUGGAGAACCUGGGUUGACACGCAAGGUGUUUGAUGAAAUGUUUGAGAGAAAUAUUGUUUUCUACAAUGUUAUGAUUAGAAGCUAUGUCAAUAAUUAUUUGUACAAUGAUGCUUUGUUUGUUUUUAGGGAUAUGGUUAAUGGAGGGUUUAGACCUGAUAAUUAUACGUAUCCUUGUGUUCUUAAGGCUUGCUCUUGUUCAGAAAAUUUGAGUUUUGGGUUGCAGAUUCAUGGAGAUUUGUUGAAGGUUCGAAUGGAUUUGAAUUUGUUUGUUGGGAAUGGUCUUAUUGCUAUGUAUGGGAAAUGUGGUUGCUUGGUUGAGGCGCGGCGUGUGUUUGAUGAGAUGUUGUGCAGGGAUGUUGUUUCGUGGAAUUCCAUGGUUGCGGGGUAUGCACAAAAUAAGCGGUUUGAUGAUGCGUUGGAGAUUUGUAGGGAAAUGGAGGAUUUGGGACAAAAACCAGACGGAGGUACCAUGGCUAGUCUCAUGCCAGCUGUAGCCAAUACUUUGUCGGAGAAUGUUUUGUGUGUUGAGAAGAUUUUUGUGAAUUUGGAGUGGAAGAAUUUGAUUUCGUGGAAUGUGAUGAUAAGAGUUUAUCUGAAAAACUCCAUGCCUACGAAAGCCGUGGAUUUGUAUUUGCAAAUGGAGAAAAGUGGAGUAGAACCGGAUGCAAUCACAUGUGCCAGUGUUCUUCCAGCAUGCGGAGAUCUUUCAGCAUUGUUGUUAGGAAGGAGGAUUCAUGAAUACCUUGAGAGGAGGAAUUUACGUCCAAAUUUGCUAUUGGAGAAUUCUUUGAUAGAUAUGUAUGCUAGGUGUGGAUGUUUAGAAGAUGCAAAAAGGGUUUUCGACAGAAUGAAGUUCCGUGAUGUUGCAUCUUGGACUUCGUUGAUAUCUGCUUAUGGUAUGACCGGGAAAGGCUGUAAUGCUGUCGCACUCUUCACAGAAAUGCUAAAUUCAGGUCAAAUUCCAGAUUCUAUCGCAUUCGUUGCAAUUCUCUCGGCUUGCAGUCAUUCAGGGUUACUGGAUGAAGGGAAGAUUUACUUCAAACAGAUGACCAAUGAUUAUAGAAUAACACCAAGAAUCGAACACUUUGCUUGUAUGGUUGAUCUAUUAGGACGUGCUGGAUGUGUAGACGAGGCCUAUAAUUUUAUCAAAGAAAUGCCAAUUGAGCCUAAUGAAAGAGUUUGGGGGACACUUCUUAGCGCUUGCAGGGUGUAUUCAAACAUGGAUAUUGGACUUUUAGCAGCUGACAGCCUGCUUCAAUUGGCUCCUGAGCAAUCUGGUUAUUACGUGUUGUUAUCUAAUAUUUAUGCAAAGGCUGGUAGAUGGAAAGAAGUAACUGAAAUUCGAUCAGUAAUGAAGAGAAGAAAAAUUCGGAAAACUCCCGGCAUCAGCAAUGUUGAGCUAAACAAUCAGGUUCAUACAUUUCUUGCGGGCGACACAUUUCAUCCGCAGUCAAAGGAGAUAUAUGAAGAGCUAGCUGUGCUGGUGGGGAAGAUGAAAGAGUUAGGAUAUGUACCAGAGACCGAUUCAGCACUUCAUGAUGUGGAGGAGGAGGAUAAGGAAUGCCAUCUAGCUGUUCAUAGUGAAAAGUUAGCUAUUGUAUUUGCCCUUUUGAAUACACAAGAGUCUCAAAUCAGAAUUACCAAAAACCUUCGUGUUUGUGGAGACUGCCAUAUUGCUGCAAAGUUAAUCUCCAAAAUAGUUGAACGCGAAAUUGUUGUUAGAGAUACUAAUAGAUUUCACCAUUUUAAGGAUGGUGUAUGCUCUUGUGGUGAUUAUUGGUGAGGGUUCCGAUGAAAAUUUAACCGGAACUCCCCGCUAUGAACACUAGAAUUUUGCAAUUUUGAGCGGAGUUUGGUUGUGCAUAUUUAUUAUAAGUUAUGGUGCUGUCAAGCCUGAUGACUGCUAUUGGAGCUUAGGUAUGGGACUUCUUUUGACAAUUUCCUUUGAAGUGAGAAUAAAACAUUAGCAUAUUGUGAAUUUAUUUUUUGAGCACUGAAAUUCUUAAUUUGCAUUACUUAGUAUUAUGAUGAAACAAAUGAUUUGUGUGUGUUUAUAAGCAUAUAUUGAUGGUCUGGCUCUUGAUUGUUUUGUUUAUUGAUGAUAAGUCAUUACAUCUUCAUACCUUCACAUUAAAACUCAAAACAAAUUUUGCUAAGGAUCAGACUUCACUUUCCACUCUUUUGACCAAGCAUGAUCAAUUCAAAUGGAGAGGUGGAAAUGUCUGGUAGGAUGUGAUGCCGAAAUUAAUACCUAAAAAGAUUGGCGGGUUAGAAGAGGUCACAUGGAAUGGAACAUGGAGUGAUUAAGCACAUCAAUGUGUUUGAUUUUUAGCACAAAUUAACACAGCAUGUGUUUAAUGAUGAACAAAUGUUGAGGGAUACGAGCAGCAGAUGUUAGAAUGAUCAUAUAUGUUGAGGAAAGACAGUCAAAGUAAUAUCCUUCUGCAAAGGAUCCUUAUGUCUGGCAUGCUUGAUGAAUGUUUUACCGAUGCAUCAAAUAAAGAGUAGAUUGAACAAAGAAUGGUACACAUCAAGAAAGGUCCAUGUUUGAAACACAUUUCAUCUGAGAGGAACACUGUUAUGAUGAGGUGAUAAAGUUUUCCAUUCAAAGUUCCAAACCAAAUUUGCCACAAAAUAUUCCAAAUGAAGCAUUGCCAAGUUAUAAGCAGGACAAAUCCUUCUCCCUGCUCCAAAUGGCAUCAUCUUGAUCUCAGUUUGACUAGUAACAUCAAAUCCGCUACUACUUUCCUCAAACCUCUCUGGCUUGAACGCCAUAGGGUCCUCCCAAGCUGUUGGAUCCCAUCCAACCUCUGCCACCAUAAAAUUAACUGUCCCGUUUUUAGGCACCAAGUAACCAUUAAAAAUCACAUCCUCAGUCACUGCAUGUGGAAUUAAGUAGUGAGAAGGAGGGUGGCGCCUUAACCCUUCCAAAAUCACAGCCUUAAGAUAAGGUAACUUCUCCAAAUCUUCCUCUUUUACAUCUCUUUCCUCUCUAUCACCAAUAACUUCUCCAAUUUCCUCCACUAUCCUCUGUUGUACAUGUCCAUAUUUCACCAAAUUUGCCAUAAUCCAUUCCAAUGCAGAUGAAGUUGUAUCAGUUCCUGCAGUUAGAAACUCUGAACAGAGCGCAGCAAGUUCAUUGUCAUCAAGCUUCCGUUUUUCCUCAGGCAAUUGUAUAUUCAACAAGAUUCAAAUACUCAUUCCAACGCUUUCGGAACAACAUCUGAGAGAUUGCUUUUGGAAAAUAAUUUAGCACACCAAAUUUUCCGGAGCUUAUAAUCCAAAGGCGUUGGACGUGCUUAAUGACUUCAAUUUUCUCGUUGUCAACUUUUUCACCGAAACACAUAAAAACUAGUAAGCAAAAAAUUGCAUGAUGAAUGUGAUUGAUCAACUUAAUAGAAUAAUUUGAUGCAGCUUCAGAUUUUAAUUGCUUCACUAGUGCUUCCAUGACACAUUUGCGGGUGUUAGAGAAGGAACUGAACCGCGAUGGGUGAAGCAUUGUAGUGGUGAGAUUAUUGCGGAGAACACGCCAUGUGGGGCCAUAACAAGAGGAGGCAAUGUUGAGUGAUUUGUUUAGAGCAAGCGUUUUGGGGCGGUCAGCGAAUAUCGCACCGUUUUGGAUUAAGGCCUCGUGGGCGAGGAAACGAUCAGAUAUGGAAACAUGGGGAUUAGACCAAAAGUGGAAUGAGAUGAUUGGGCCAUGUUUGGCAUGGAGGUUGCGAAUAAUUGGCUUGAGUUUUGGGAAUGGUUUUCGUAGCCAUAGUAUGUCGGAAAUGAUAGGAAAAUGGAGGGGUCCGGGAGGGAGUUGAAUGGAUUGGAUGGAUCUUAUUCUUUUAACAAUAAGCAUUAAAAGACACAAAAAAACAAGGACUAUUAACCAUGGUGUCUCCAUAUGUUAGUUUCAUUUGUAUUGCAUUGUGAGAAUAAUGCUUGUCACCGUGUAUUUAUAUAUCUCUUUACCUUGGUAAUCAAUAUGAUGCGUUGAUUA